CCUCAAGAGCGCCCGCCUCUUUUUAAUGCGACGCUGAAUUGCGUUGCUAAACGCUGACGUUUUCCUGCUGUAAAAGCACACCGCCAGGUGUUAGAAUGAUGGAGGAAGACGCCGAGGUGUCAGUGAUGAUAUCUCUGCUGGUCCAGAGGCUGAAGGGAAGCCACUUGCACUCCGAAAUAGAGCAACGAGCUAAAGAGUGUCUUCACCAACCGGAGAUUAAACUGGAGUGUCUGAAAGAAGACGUGCGUCAUUUCCUCAAAUCAUCAGGUUGGGAAAAAAAGCUCCAAAAUGCAGUGUAUAGAGAGCUGCACAUCCAGUUGCCUCCGAGCCACCCAGCGGCUCCUGCAGAGCACCUCAAAGAGCCCUUGGCCUACAUGCGCAAAGCCCAGGCCAGCUGGGAGAGGCGUGUACUGAAAAGCCUGAAUAGCAUGAGCACCGAGCUGGGAGUGCCUCUGGCGCGUAUGAGAUCGGCCACUGAGCAACAGGAGCUGGCCAACAAGUGGAACGAGAUGGGCACUGAUGAGCCAGACUUAAGCCGCUUCAGGCCCGUCUAUGCGCCAAAAGACUUCCUGGAGGUGGUGGUUAGCUUGCGGAACCCCAACCACGACAGCAGCGAGGAAGUCUGCGCCAAGAGCCACUGGGGCCUCAUCCAGGUCCCCCUGCAUGUUAAGGACAUUCCACAGCUGAGGCAAGCCUACUCGGAUCUUAGCCUCGCAGCUGGACAGUUGGGGAUCGACGACAACGCACAUAUCCAUCCAGACUUAUUUGAAAACGACUAUGUUGACAUCGGAAACAAAGUGCUUGCAGAGCAAGACAGUGCAGCAGCACAGCAGUACAGCAGAAAGGGCUGCCCCACUGGGCUGCGGGCUGACCUUUGGGCUCUCAUCCUCAAUUCAGUCAACCAGCCACAGGAUGUCCUACAUUAUGAGCAGCUAAAGACAGGAGUUAUUCAACAUGACCUGCUGGUGGACAACCUUAUCUACAAGGAUGUGAAGCUGACUGCCAGCAAUGACGACUACUACUUUGUCUUUGAGGACUUUCUCUACCAGGUGCUCCUGUGCUUCUCCCGGGACGCCGCCGUCCUGGAGCACUUCAAGUACAACAGCGCCACUCCUCCCAAAUCCACCAUCCAGGACAAAGAAGAUGUGGAGCGUGAUGUUUUUUAUCCCCCCAACGGUGUAAUCCCCUUCCAUGGCUUCUCGAUGUAUGUGGCGCCUCUCUGUUUCCUUUACAAUGAGCCGUCCAAGCUGUACAGCGUCUUCAGGGAGAUGUACACGCGAUACUUCUUCAGACUCCACUCUGUCUCUUCGGCGACAUCGGGUAUCGUGUCUCUGUGUCUGCUCUUUGAGAGGCUCCUGCAAACACACCUGCCUCAGCUCUUCUAUCACCUGCGGCAGAUGGGAGCUCAGCCGCUGCGCAUCGCCUUCAAGUGGAUGGUCCGAGCCUUUUCAGGCUAUCUCUCCACCGAUCAGCUACUUUUUCUUUGGGACAGAAUCCUUGGCUACGACUCACUGGAACCUGUUGCAGUCCUGGCAGCCGCCGUCUUUGCCUUUCGUGCCGAAAACCUGAUGGAAGUGACGUCUCUGGCUUCAGCUGAGGCUGUCCUUGCUGACCUUUCAACACUCCGGGUCAUGCCUCUGCUCCAGAUCUUCCUGUUUGCUACGAGCGUCUAAGCUUCACCGUGACAUAUGACACUGACAACAUGGUAAAUGUCUAAUGACCACUUCUUGUGCCCAAAAGUGUUCAGUCCAAUCUAAUGCAUCAUGUAGUUUGAAACCAUUCUGCUUUUGUCCCUUUAAGUUGUUAACUUAUCUAUAUUGAUAAAUAUGGAUUGAUGACGUUAUUAUAAACAGUAUACAGUACAGUAAGAUACAAUAGGAGUCUUGUUAUUGUAAAGUCACUUUAAAGGAAAAAUCCACUCCUACACAGUCAGUUGACUUGAAACGACAUUUUCAAAUAUGAAUAAGUUGAAAAAUAUAAGCAACAAUAGUAACAAUAGGACUGAUUAAAUGUUGCAACAAUAAAUAAAACACUGUACAUGUCCUCAACAGAUAUUUAAAAAAAUAAAGUGGAAGAGCUUUUUGUAAUAGUAAUUGCAUCAAGUUACUUUUGUCACUUUUUAAAACAUUUGCCAGAUCAAAACAUAAAUAUGCAUAAAUAAGAUGUCUUAUGUAAAUGCGAUGACAAUUGUAUUCAUUGUUUGACAAAUAUAGAAAAUGUCUAAAGAAUCAGCUUCAGUCUCUGCUGAAAUCACCUUGUUUGGACACAAAAGACCAUCAUCCUAAAAAUGUGGAUGAUUUUUGUCUAAAAGUAACAUAAUUGAAGACAAAUUCAUUUCAGUGCGCUUUUGAAUGCCACCUGCCAUACUUGAAAUCCUUAUGAAACCAACAACGUCCAUUUUCCAGUUAGUAGUUGGUGUAAACAAGCAUUUCUUCACUGAGACACGGCAUAGUAUGAUACUUACUGCAUGUGUGGAAAUAUGCAACACACUUCAAGUCAAUAACACAACAAUAUAAAUAAUACAACACAUUAAAUCCCUUCACGGUUUCCUCAUCUUUCAGUUAGACUGCCAUGAUGUGGGAGAACCAAAACAACACAAACGAAAACCGUGUCUCAAUUGGCACACUUCUGUAACUACACCUUGUCUUUUGAGUGCUCGACACUUACUAUCCUCAAUAGUCCAUAUCUUGGUUAGAUUGUGUACUGACUUCAUAAGUCGCAGUUUACAAACCCCCGUUUCCAUAUGAGUUGGGAAAUUGUGUUAGAUGUAAAUAUAAACGGAACACAAAGAUUUGCAAAUCCUUUUCAAGCCAUAUUCAAUUGAAUGCACUACAAAGACAAGAUAUUUGAUGUUCAAACUCAUAAACUUUUUUUUUUUUGAAAAUAAUAAUUAACUUAGAAUUUAAUGGCUGCAACACGUGCCAAAGUAGUAGGAAAAGGGCAUGUCCACCACUGUUACAUCACCUUUUCUUUUAAAAACACUCAAACGUUUGGGAACUGAGGAAACUAAUUGUUGAAGCUUUGAAAGUGGAAUUCUUUCCCAUUCUUGUUUUAUGUAGAGCUUCAGUCGUUCAAUGUCCGGGGUCUCCGCUGUCGUAUUUUAAACUUCAUAAUGCGCCACACAUUCUCGAUGGGAGACAGGUCUGGACUGCAGGCGGGCCAGGGAAGUACCCGCACUCUUUUACUACGAAACCACGCUGUUGUAA